CAACAGCUGACUGCGCUAAUGUUGUAGAGAUAGGCCAAACGAUUCAUAACUAAAAUGCAAGAAUUUGGGGACGUUUACCGAUGUUAUGUCAUGUUUCAAUAAUGGAAAUGGUAUUAAGUUGUCAUUUUGGUCGACUUAAAUGCAUUUAUAUUCAUUGAUUUGCACAAAAAACAUGAUUUUUUUGCACGGCUGCUAAAUUAAAAAAACUUGUGCGAUUUUGGCGCAGGUAAGACAUUGCGCCAUUACGUUUAUAACACGGGCACCAAUGGGCAAAUGUACUAGCUGUGAAUAGGUAGUGAAUUGGAGUGGGUUAUUAAUUAGAUAUACCUACUGUGUUUCUCAGACCUCAGGUCAGCUAUCACAAGACGCACGCUUGUUUUAAGCUUUGAACAUCGAGAUGGUGAAUUGCUGUGUCCCAGGCUGUACGAACCGGUCAGGGGACAAAAACAAAUAUGCGUUCUACAGGUUUCCCAGCAACAAACUGAUCCGUCAACGCUACAUUCGUGCGAUAAGGAGGGAGAACUUCACCCCUACCGAACACACAAGGAUCUGUUCGUGGCACUUCCCUAAUGGCAAAAAAGCAGGUCCAAUGAGGUUUCCAUGGAAUGAAGGGAAGCGGAUCAACUUGCCUGAUUAUACCAGACCCCAUCACUCUUCUCCUGGAAACAGAAGACAAGAUGCAGCUGUGGAAAUGGAAGAUGCUGUCCUUGGACCACCUGUGCAUAGUGAGGCCAUGUUGUCUGCCGAGAACGACCUUCUCAAACAGCAUAUCAAACGACUUGAAACUGCAGCAGCUUAUCAGCAGCAGAGGUUCUGCUACAACCAGAUUAGCCAUAGCGAACAGCUAGUAACUUACUAUACUAGUUUGAGCAGAGCAAUGUUUGAAACUCUAGUCACAUAUGUGAGCAUGUGUGAUUUUACAUACCACACCUUCAAGGUCACAACGAUGACAUUAGAGGACCAAAUUCUCCUGGUGUUGAUGAAACUGCGACACAACUUUGGGCACACAGAUCUAAGCGUGAGAUUUAACAAGAGUGUAGCCACCGUUACAAAUGUCUUCAGGACAUUUGUGUCCAUCUUCGCUGAGGCUCUGUUCAAGCCUAUUUUUGGGAAGGGUAUGCCUAGUAGAGAAAAGAAUUCUCAAUCUAUGCCAGCAUCGUUCAGGAAGUUCAGGCACUGCAGGACGACACUUGAUUGCACAGAAAUUAGGAUUCAGCGACCUGAUAGCUGUGAGGGCCGCUCAAGCACCUACAGUGCUUACAAAGCUGCCAACACCUUCAAGGUCAUGGUUGGGGUGGCACCCAAUGGCACUGUGAACUUUGUCAGUGACGUUUACGGCGGCAAUGCCUCUGACAAGCACAUCGUGGAGACUAGCGGCCUGUUGGAGCAGCUAACCACAGGCGACCUCAUCCUGGCUGACAAAGGUUUUCCUAUCAAGGACAUUGUACCUGAUGGCGUCACCGUCAACACACCUGCGUAUCUAUUUCAGCCUCAGUUCACCAAGCAAGAGGUGAUGCACAACAGGGAAGUUGCCGAAGCCCGCGUGCACGUUGAGCGCGCGAUUCAGCGGCUGAAGUAUUACACCAUUUUAGAUGGCAUACCCCACCAGUAUAGGAAUAUGAUAGACAAUAUAGUUCGUGUCUGUGCCUUCCUCACCACCGCCCAGAGCCCUAUCAUAAGCCACGAGAAACUUAGCAACAUGUCCUCUUAAGCCGGGUAGCAAACUGCGCGUUAUUAGUGGUAUCACCCUGUUAGAUGCAACGUUUGCGUAGUUAUCAAUUGAAGUAAGUCAAUAGCAUUGUCUGUGUUUUUCUCACCAACGCCCGGAGUACUAUCGCGGGAAACUGUGCAUUUUGUCCUAAACUGGUUUGCGAACUGUUUGAUAUGUCUUCACUGUCUGAUGAAACACUUCUUGAGUUAUAGCUGUCAUGGAAGUAUGAUAAUCUGGAAAUUGUUUCAGCUGUGCGCUGUGGUACGCGACAUUUACUUGUCAAUAAAACUGUCCACAAACA